CUGCUCUCUACAGCUGACUCGCAGCUGUUGUGGUCAACUCGAUGAGAUAACAUCACGUGAUCACUAUCACCUGACGAUGACACGUUAUUUUUACGGCAAUAGCGAUUUGUAUCUUAUGGUUAUUUUCCUCUCGUGUACAGUGAACGCAAACACAUUAUCAGGCGUUUGACUGUGACUCUUAAAAUAUAGUCAAUGACAGCAGUUUAUUUAACACGGGAUUAUCGGCUUCAAUUUCCCAGAAUGCCUCACAUGCUGCCGUCUGGCGAAGGCGUGACUGUGUAGAAUAGUCAUCUAGCCUCGUUUGACAUUCAAGGAGUUGUUGUUACUAUGCCUUUUAUUGGAUGAAAUAAGAUAAAGUGUGAAAUAAAAUAACAAGGGAAGGCGAAAUCUGUUGUUGUCAAUACACCAGCAAUGCCUCUCUUCACGACCAACCCAUUUGACCAAGAUGUUGAGAAAGCAACCAGUGAGAUGAACACAGCCGAGGACUGGGGCCUCAUUCUGGACAUAUGUGAUAAGAUAGGGCAGUCACGCACUGGGCCAAAAGAAUGCCUCCGCUCCAUUAUGAGAAGAGUGAACCACAAGGAUCCCCAUGUGGCCAUGCAGGCACUGACUCUUCUUGGUGCUUGCGUCUCAAACUGUGGGAAGAUAUUCCACUUGGAGGUGUGCUCCAGAGAGUUUGCCAGUGAAGUCAGUAGUGUCUUAAACAAGGGCCACCCCAAAGUGUGUGAAAAGCUGAAGGCCCUGAUGGUGGAGUGGGCAGAGGACUUCCGCAAUGAUCCACAACUCAGUCUGAUCUCCGCGAUGAUCAAGAAUCUACGUGAGCAGGGUGUUACUUUCCCUGCUGUGGGGUCCCAGGCUGCAGAGCAAGCAAAAGCAAGCCCAGCUUUAGUGGCAAAGGAUCCCUCCACCUCAACAAACAAAAAAGAAGAGGAAGACUUGGCCAAAGCGAUUGAGCUGUCACUGAAGGAGCAGCGCCAGCAGCCGCAGACCUCUCUGUCAAGCCUUUACCCAAGCACCUCCAGCCUGCUCUCCUCACAUAAGUCGGAGGGCAGGAAAGUCCGUGCCAUCUACGACUUUGAGGCUGCUGAGGACAAUGAGCUUACCUUCAAGUCAGGAGAAAUCAUCACUAUCCUGGAUGAUAGUGACCCCAACUGGUGGAAAGGUGAAACAUACCAGGGUGUGGGGUUGUUCCCUUCUAACUUUGUCACUGCUGACCUCACUGCAGAGCCUGAGAUGAUGAAGACAGAGAAGAAGACUGUACAGUUCAGUGAGGACAUCCAGGUGGAGACCAUUGAGCCAGAACAGGAGCCUGUAUAUAUAGAUGAGGACAAAAUGGACCAGUUACUGCAGAUGAUUCAGAGUGCAGAUCCCACAGACAACCAGUCAGACAGUGUUGAGUUGCUACAGCUGGAAGGUGCCUGCAAUCAAAUGGGACCCCUCAUUGACCAGAAAUUGGAGGAUAUAGACAGAAAACACUCAGAACUAUCGGAGCUGAAUGUGAAGGUGAUGGAAGCUCUGUCUUUGUAUGCCAAGUUGAUGAAUGAGGAUCCUGUCUAUGCCAUGUAUGCCAAGCUGCAGAGCCAGCAGUACUACAUGCAGCAGCCUGCCAGUGCCGCACAGCAGGUCUACCCUGGCCAGCCUGCAUCAGGUUCGUAUACCAUGAGCAGUACUGCAGUGCAGGGUUACACUGUUCCCAUGGAGCAGCUUCCGGCUGGAACCCCCAUACCUGGCCAGCCAGCUCCCAGUGAUGUUCAUAUGUACAUGGGCCAGCCACCAGUCUACACUGCAGCUCCAGGCAGCAUGGCCCCAGGAGACAUUCAGUCCUACCAGAACCCAGCCACCGCCCCUGGACCCGCCCUGGGCACAACCCACGCAGGCAUGAUGCAGACACCAAACUACAGCGCCACAUCUGGCCCAAAAAAAGGACAAUGAUGUGGAAAACUUCAGGGUACUACUUUCUUUUAGAAGUACUGAAAACUGAAGCCACUUUGAUAUUUUAAGGGAAAAGAAGCAAGAACAACUGAAGCAUGCACAGGACUCUUGUGUAUAUACUGUAUUGAACUAGUCAUGAAGCCACAUGUUGACCUCACGAGUGAUUUGUAUGUUAACACAGCUCCGGGUGUUUCUCUCAACCUUAAAGGUGAACUCUGCAGUCGUGAUGUCCCAGGUGAAUUAAAGGUGUAAAGCCCAAAGAGGAAAAAAUGCUCAUAUGUCAUAAAAACACUAAAUAUUUUUCUUUUUCUUUAAACACAAUUGACUCCUCACUUCAUAUUGCAGAGUUUACCUUUUCAAAAUGAGCCGUGGUGGAUGUAGGACUAACUCUGUCUCCUUUCAGGAGCUGUACUAACAGACUCAUCCCAGAGACUUGGACUCUCUGAACUGCCCCAGUGUCUAAAUCUCUUUAGUCAGUGUUAAAAUGUUUUUUUGUAGUGUAUUUUAAUUUAUGUUUUGAUUAUUGUUAUGCCAUUUUAAAUGCGAGGCCGUACAGGAUGUAUGUAUUCAGCGAAACGCAGAAUGUGUGAUAUUCUGCCUAACUUAGUUGUAUAUUUAAAUCUCUCGUGUGACAACAUGGACAUUUUCUCUCUGUGUUAGAUACAUGCUUAUUGUACUGUAGAGUCAAAUGGUAAUGUGAAAACUCAUCAAACUCCUCCCCAUGCAUUUCAAACGUGACCUUUCGCACAGCUGCUUAACACUAAAACAAAUUCUACCUGAAGUGAGGUCAAGUUGCUGUGUCAGGAUUUGUAAACGCAUCUUUACCAGAGUCUUCAUAAGCUAGCAGUUACAAUUACACUUUGAGGCACAGAGACUCAUCCAUUUAUACAGAUAAUUUGUAUGACUACAUCUUAAAAGUCUUUGGGACAGGGUUGAUGUUUACAAAAACUGACUGGAUUGUAAAAAUCUGAUGAAAUAGGAAAGCUAUUUAUCUGUUGUAUAAUACUGAAUGAUGGAAAAUGAAGGAAUUACAAAAACAGCUUUAAAUGUGUUUAGAUUUUUCCAACUGCAGGGCAGACUGCUGUCAUCUCAAUUUUUCUUGCAGUAUUACAUUUUAGAUGUGCUGUUACUUGCAAUCCCACAACUGAAGCUCUGUACUUGGGGUUGUGCAAACAUGAGGCCUCCACAACUUGAAUUUUUGUUAAUAUAGUUAUAAUAUAGAGAAUCUUGUUUGUUUGUUUGUUUGUUUUUGCCACCUUCAACUAACUGCAAGAAUGAAACUGUUAAUCUGUUGGAUCAAACAGGGCCGAAAAUAUCAAACGUAGAAGCUAUUCUGGGACCACGAACCAGGAGCCAGUUAAUCAUUUCACACCAUCCAAAUGUAACAUCUUGUUG